GGUUGGAGUUGACCUGAUCUCCUUGGAUCUUUAAAACCUCGUUUUACAGAGGUUGAUGUUACAGCAACACUUUAUUUGUUUCAAGUUUUUUGUGUUCUACUGUUUGCUCCUUUUGACGCUAGUUCAGCAAAUUUUCCAGCAGAGAUCGCUGUGAGAUCUCAAGUUGGGAGGAUGACAGUGCGAGUGUACUUCUCGUUGAUUGCUGUUUUAUCAUGUUUGUUCGGAUACUUGAGCAUAACAGAUGCUACUCGACGCACAGCAAAGCCAGGACGGUGUCCACCCCAAUCAUGUGCAAGAAAAUGGUGUACCAGUUCCUGUAAGAGUGACUCUGACUGUCCCAACAAUGAGAAGUGCUGCAGCAGUGGAUGUGGAAGAUCCUGUACGGCUCCCUAUACAGUGAAACCAGGUCAGUGUCCCAUACCAGAGAUGAUUCCCCCAUUUGCUGAAAGCUGUUUCCAUGAUGGCCAGUGUACUGCCACACAGAAAUGUUGCCCAACCACCAGUGGCCAUGCAUGCAGUGAGCCAAGUGCUCAAGGAAUUGGCCAAGUGCCUGGCUUUGGCCAGGUAAUUGGCUUUGGCCAGGGGAGUGGCUUCGGCCAGGGGAGUGGUCAAGGGAGCGGCCAGGGAAUUGGUUUUGGCCAGGGGAGUGGUCAAGGGAGCGGCCAGGGAAUUGGUUUUGGCCAGGGGAGUGGUCAAGGGAGCGGCCAGGGAAUUGGUUUUGGCCAGGGGAGUGGUCAAGGGAGCGGCCAGGGAAUUGGUUUUGGCCAGGGGAGUGGCUUCGGCCAGGGGAGUGGGCAAGGGAGCGGCCAGGGAAUUGGUUUUGGCCAGGGAAUUGGUUUUGGCCAGGGGAGUGGGCAAGGGAGCGGCCAGGGAAUUGGUUUUGGCAAGGGGAGUGGCUUCGGCCAGGGGAGUGGGCAAGGGAGCGGCCAGGGAAUUGGUUUUGGCAAGGGGAGUGGCUUCGGCCAGGGGAGUGGGCAAGGGAGCGGCCAGGGAAUUGGUUUUGGCCAGGGGAGUGGUCAAGGAAUUGGUUUUGGUCAGGGAAUUGGGCAAGGGACUGGCCAGGGGAGUGGUCAAGGGAGCGGCCAGGGAAUUGGUUUUGGCCAGGGGAGUGGGCAAGGGAGAGGCCAGGGAAUUGGUUUUGGCCAGGGGAGUGGUCAAGGAAUUGGUUUUGGUCAGGGAAUUGGGCAAGGGACUGGCCAGGGGAGUGGUCAAGGGAGUGGCCAGGGAAUUGGCUUUGGACAGGGGAGUGGUCUUGGUCAGGGGACUGGACAGGGAACCGGCCUUGGUCAGGGCAGCGGUCAGGGGAGCGGACAGGGCAGUGGUCAGGGUAGUGGUCUUGGUCAGGGCACUGGUCAGGGCAGUGGUCAGGGAAUCGGCUUUGGUCAGGGAACUGGUCAGGGGAGUGGCCUUGGACAGGGCCUUGGUCAGGGGAGCGGCCUUGGUCAGGGGACUGGCCAGGGAAGCGGACAGGGAAUUGGUUUUGGUUUGGGCAGUGGUCAAGGGACUGGUCAGGGAGGUGGACAGGGAACCGGCCUUGGUCAGGGAAGUGGUCUUGGUCAGGGAAGCGGACAGGGAAUCGGUUUUGGUCAGGGCAGUGGUCAGGGAAGCGGCCUUGCUCAGGGCAGUGGUCAGGGAAGCGGCCUUGGUCAGGGGACUGGGCAGGGAAUCGGCUUUGGUCAGGGGAGCGGACAGGGCAGUGGUCAGGGGACUGGUCUUGGUCAGGGGAUUGGACAGGGGAGCGGUCAGGGAAGUGGUCUUGGUCAGGGGAGCGGGCAGGGAAUCGGUUUUGGUCAGGGCAGUGGUCAGGGGAGUGGACUUGGUCAGGGGAGCGGCCUUGGUCAGGGAAGCGGACAGGGAAUCGGUUUUGGCCAGGGCAGUGGUCAAGGGACUGGUCAGGGGAGUGGACAGGGCGGUGGUCAAGGGACUGGUCAGGGAAUCGGUCAGGGCAGUGGUCAGGGGACUGGUCUUGGUCAGGGGACUGGCCAGGGAAGCGGUCAGGGCAGUGGUCAAGGGACUGGUCAGGGAAUCGGUUUUGGUCAGGGCCAUGGUCAGGGGACUGGACAGGGAAUCGGUUUUGGUCAGGGCAGUGGUCAAGGGACUGGUCAGGGAAGUGGACUUGGUCAAGGGACUGGUCAGGGGAGCGGACAGGGCAGUGGUCUUGGUAAGGGGACUGGACAGGGAAGCGGACAGGGAAUCGGUUUUGGUCAGGGCAGUGGUCAAGGGACUGGUCAGGGGAGCGGACAGGGCAGUGGUCUUGGUCAGGGGACUGGACAGGGAAGCGGACAGGGAAUUGGUUUUGGUCAGGGCAGUGGUCAAGGGACUGGUCAGGGGAGUGGACAGGGAACCGGCCUUGGUCAGGGAAGUGGUCUUGGUCAGGGCAGCGGUCAAGGGACUGGUCAGGGGAGCGGACAGGGCAGUGGUCAGGGUAGUGGUCUUGGUCAGGGGACUGGCCAAGGAAGCGGACAGGGAAUCGGUUUUGGACAGGGGACUGGACAGGGAAGCGGCCUUGGUCAGGGGACUGGACAGGGAAUCGGUUUUGGCCAGGGCAGUGGUCAGGGAAUCGGCUUUGGUCAAGGAACUGGUCAGGGGAGUGGCCUUGGACAGGGCCUUGGUCAGGGGAGCGGCCUUGGUCAGGGGACUGGACAGGGAAGCGGACAGGGAAUCGGUUUUGGUCAGGGCAGUGGUCAAGGGACUGGUCAGGGCAGUGGUCAAGGGACUGGUCAGGGCAGUGGUCAAGGGACUGGUCAGGGCAGUGGUCAAGGGACUGGUCAGGGCAGUGGUCAAGGGACUGGUCAGGGCAGUGGUCAAGGGACCGGCCUUGGUCAGGGAAGCGGACAGGGAACCGGUUUUGGUCAGGGAAGCGGACAGGGAAUCGGUUUUGGUCAGGGCAGUGGUCAGGGAAGCGGCCUUGGUCAGGGCAGUGGGCAGGGAAUUGGUUUUGGUCAGGGAAGUGGACAGGGAAUUGGUUUUGGUUUGGGCAGUGGUCAAGGGACUGGUCAGGGAGGUGGUCAGGGAACCGGCCUUGGUCAGGGAAGUGGACAGGGAAUCGGUUUUGGUCAGGGAAGCGGCCUUGCUCAGGGCAGUGGUCAGGGAAGCGGCCUUGGUCAGGGGACUGGGCAGGGAAUCGGCUUUGGUCAGGGGAGCGGACAGGGCAGUGGUCAGGGGACUGGUCUUGGUCAGGGGACUGGACAGGGGAGCGGUCAGGGAAGUGGUCUUGAUCAGGGGAGCGGGCAGGGAAUCGGUUUUGGUCAGGGCAGUGGUCAGGGGAGUGGACUUGGUCAGGGGACUGGCCAGGGAAGCGGACAGGGAAUCGGUUUUGGCCAGGGCAGUGGUCAAGGGACUGGUCAGGGGAGUGGACAGGGCGGUGGUCAAGGGACUGGUCAGGGAAUCGGUCAGGGCAGUGGUCAGGGGACUGGUCUUGGUCAGGGGACUGGCCAGGGAAGCGGUCAGGGCAGUGGUCAAGGGACUGGUCAGGGAAUUGGUUUUGGUCAGGGCCGUGGUCAGGGGACUGGACAGGGAAGUGGACUUGGUCAAGGGACUGGUCAGGGGAGCGGACAGGGCAGUGGUCUUGGUAAGGGGACUGGACAGGGAAGCGGACAGGGAAUCGGUUUUGGUCAGGGCAGUGGUCAAGGGACUGGUCAGGGGAGCGGACAGGGCAGUGGUCUUGGUCAGGGGACUGGACAGGGAAGCGGACAGGGAAUUGGUUUUGGUCAGGGCAGUGGUCAAGGGACUGGUCAGGGGAGUGGACAGGGAACCGGCCUUGGUCAGGGAAGUGGUCUUGGUCAGGGCAGCGGUCAAGGGACUGGUCAGGGGAGCGGACAGGGCAGUGGUCAGGGUAGUGGUCUUGGUCAGGGGACUGGCCAAGGAAGUGGACAGGGAAUCGGUUUUGGUCAGGGGAGUGGACAGGGAAGCGGCCUUGGUCAGGGGACUGGACAGGGAAUCGGUUUUGGCCAGGGCUUUGGUCAGGGAAUCGGCUUUGGUCAGGGGAGCGGCCUUGGUCAGGGGACUGGACAGGGAAGCGGACAGGGAAUCGGUUUUGGUCAGGGCAGUGGUCAAGGGACUGGUCAGGGCAGUGGUCAAGGGACUGGUCAGGGCAGUGGUCAAGGGACUGGUCAAGGGACUGGUCAGGGGAGCGGACAGGGAACCGGCCUUGGUCAGGGAAGCGGACAGGGAAGCGGCCUUGGUCAGGGCAGUGGGCAGGGAAGCGGCCUUGGUCAGGGCAGUGGGCAGGGAAGCGGCCUUGGUCAGGGCAGUGGGCAGGGAAUUGGCCUUGGUCAGGGCAGUGGGCAGGGAAUUGGCUUUGGUCAGGGGAGCGGACAGGGCAGUGGUCAGGGGACUGGUCUUGGUCAGGGGACUGGACAGGGAAUCGGUCUUGGCCAGGGCAGCGGUCAAGGGACUGGUCAGGGAAGUGGACUUGGUCAAGGGACUGGUCAGGGCAAUGGUCUGGGGAGCGGCCAGGGUAGUGGUCAGGGGACUGGCCAGGGAAGCGGACAGGGAAUUGGUUUUGGUCAGGGCAGUGGUCAAGGGACUGGUCAGGGGAGCGGACAGGGAACCGGCCUUGGUCAGGGAAGUGGUCUUGGUCAGGGAAGUGGUCAGGGCAGUGGUCAGGGAAGCGGCUUUGGUCAGGGGAGUGGACAGGGCAGUGGUCAGGGGAGUGGUCUUGGUCAGGGCAGUGGCCUUGGUCAGGAGACUGGUCAGGGAUGUAGUAAAGGUCAGGGAUGUGGUCACUGAAAUGGUCAUGGGUGUUUUGCAUAAUACCCACUGGAGAGCUUUUCAAUUCAGUUCUUUUAUUCAUAUGGCAUGUUUGCUAUAGAAGGAUUUCUGCCACACUCACAAAUAAAAAGAAAAUUGCUUGAA